AAUUAAAGAAAAAAAAUGAGGUGUGCAGUGGUUAAUUGUGCUGGUGUAAGUGCCAAAGGAUCUGGGUGCGCUUUUUUUACUUUUCCGGCCGACAUUGAGUUGGUGGAAAAGUGGAUCCAGUUCUGCCGGAGACCAACGAUUUUCAACGCCCGAACCAGCGUCAUCUGUGUAAAACACUUCACCACUGAUGACUUCGAGAACGAGCUUCAAUAUAAAAUGGGCUACGCUAAAAAGCGUAAACUAAAGCGGGGCGUUGUGCCGACAAUUUUCAAGCCUGCUGCGGAAAUGCCAGAUCCUGACAAGGAAGCCCAGCAGCAAGUGUACAAAACCAUUGUGAGCGAUCUACUGGAGCAGUCCACUUCCAAAGAAGCCGAAGGUCUUAUGGGCCAUAACCGCGCGGACGAGGAGAACUGUGGCAUAUUGCCAGAUGCCUUGACGCCUCUGUGUUCCCCACAUCGUGCCACAACACCUAGCAAGGUGUUUAACUAUGAUAGCACGCUUAAAGAGGUUGAGGAUCUGCAAGAAAAAUUACGAGCUUCAUUACGCGAAAACGCUUUUCUCAAAAGCGAACACAGCAGGCAACAAAGCGAGAUUGCGGCUUUAAAGCGAGAAGCGCAUUUGCAGCAGAAAAGGCAUGACUGGGAAGUGGAGUCAUUGCGUAAGAGCUUGUCGGAGGUGAGGAUGGAGUUGGCAAGUGUAGAAGAAAAGUUGGCAAAAAUUUUCUCUGCUGGUCAGAUCAGCAAGAUGAAAAAAGGCACGAAGAGGCCAACUUGGACGGAAAGGCAUACCGUACAUUUAUCUCCCAAUUGUUCACAUUUUAGACAAAUGACUUGUUUGAUGUGCUCAACGUGA